UCGACAUCAUCUCAACUCGCCGAUUUUCCGAUUUUCCCUGUGUCCCAUCUCACUGAGACCGUGGGUGGCGAGAAAAUGAAAGAAAAAUCCUUGUUUUUUGUUUGUGUUUUCACUAUAUUAAGUGUCCGUUUAAAGGGAGUGAGUUGUAGUAUUAUAAGUGAGAAAAUUCCGCUUGGUGCCAUAUUUGAACAGGGAGCAGAUGACGUACAAUCUGCGUUCAGAUUUGCCAUCGCUCAUCAUCAGAAUGAUUCUGGUCGACGUUUCGAAUUGCAAGCUUACGUAGACGUCAUCAAUACGGCGGAUGCAUUCAAGUUAUCUCGUUUAAUAUGUAAUCAAUUUUCAAGAGGAGUAUACUCGAUGCUAGGAGCAGUAUCGCCAGAUUCGUUUGACACCUUACACUCCUACAGUAACACCUUUCAAAUGCCCUUCGUCACACCCUGGUUUCCCGAAAAAGUCCUGACACCAUCAUCAGGGUUUUUGGACUAUGCAACUUCAAUGAGACCAGAAUACCAUCAAGCCAUCAUUGACACAGUAAAAUACUAUGGUUGGAGAAGGAUCAUUUAUCUUUAUGAUUCAAAUGACGGAUUGCUAAGGUUGCAGCAAAUCUACCAAGCCCUUAUACCAGGAAACGAGUACUUUCAAAUCAGGACUGUGAGGAGGAUAGGUAAUGUCACUGAGGCCCUUCAGUUCUUGAGAGGUCUAGAGGAACAUUCUAGAUGGGAAAAUAAGUACGUAGUGUUGGAUUGUUCCGCUGAUAUGGCCAAGGAAAUUGUCGUGGGACACGUUAGAGAUAUAUCACUAGGAAGAAGAACUUAUCACUAUUUGUUAUCUGGAUUGGUCAUGGACGACCGAUGGGAGGCUGAAGUUGUGGAGUAUGGCGCCAUCAAUAUUACGGGUUUCCGCAUUGUGGACUCGUCCAGGAAACACGUCAGAGACUUUCUGGAAGGUUGGAAGCGUUUGGACCCGAGCCAAUCCGCUGGUGCCGGACGUGAUUCCAUAUCCGCUCAAGCAGCUCUGAUGUACGACGCAGUAUCCGUUCUGGUGGAGGCUUUCAAUAAAAUCUUAAGAAAAAAGCCGGAUAACUUCAAGAACAUCAACAGCAGAUCGGGAAGGGGACAGCUCUACAACAAUGGCAGCAAAAUUCUGGAUUGUAACCAUUCCUCUGGAAGAGUUAACCCGUGGGAGCACGGUGAUAAAAUAUCCAGAUAUUUGAGAAAGGCUGAAAUUGAAGGUUUAACUGGAGAAAUACGCUUCAAUGAAGAAGGAAGACGUCAGAAUUACACUCUUCACGUUGUCGAAAUGACUGUCAACAGUGCAAUGGUUAAAGUAGCGGAAUGGACUGACGAAACUGGCUUCACACCGGUAGCUGCGAAAUAUAUUAGGCUCAAACCACAAGCCAUCUUUGAAAGAAACAAAACAUACGUGGUUACUACCAUAGUGGAAGAACCAUAUAUUAUGGUACGAAAAGAGGAACCUGGAGAAUACCUAGUUGGCAACGAAAGAUUUGAAGGGUACUGUAAAGACUUGGCUGAUCUGAUUGCAAAGAAACUCAGCAUUAAUUAUGAACUACGAAUAGUAAAAGAUGGGAAAUAUGGUUCUGAAAAUACAGAAGUUAAAGGUGGAUGGGAUGGCAUGGUUGGUGAACUGGUUAGAAAUGAAGCAGAUUUGGCAAUAGCACCAAUAACAAUAACAUCGGCUCGUGAACGAGUAAUCGACUUCAGCAAACCGUUCAUGUCGCUUGGUAUCUCCAUAAUGAUCAAGAAGCCCAUGAAACAGAAACCUGGAGUUUUCAGCUUCCUCAAUCCCUUGUCUCAAGAGAUAUGGAUUAGUGUGGUGUUUGCAUUUGUGGGUGUUAGCAUCGUACUAUACGUCGUCUCCAGAUUUUCUCCAUACGAAUGGAGAAUCCUCCAUCACAUGGAGGAACCAAUCAGGCAUCCACCACAUCUACACAUGAACAGUGGAGGUACUAUGGCCAAUGACUUCAGUCUACUCAACUCUUUAUGGUUUUCUUUAGCAGCAUUUAUGCAACAAGGUGGAGAUAUAUCACCAAGAUCGAUUUCAGGCAGAAUUGUAGGAGCUUGCUGGUGGUUUUUUACUUUGAUAAUAAUUUCCAGCUACACAGCCAAUCUUGCUGCGUUUCUCACGGUUGAAAGAAUGGUAGCACCUAUUAACUCACCCGAAGAUUUGGCAUCACAAACUGAAGUGGAAUACGGGACACUAAUGCAUGGAGCCACAUGGGACUUCUUCAAGAGGUCCCAAAUAACACUCUACUCAAGGAUGUGGGAGUUUAUGAACUCAAGAAAACACGUUUUUGUUAAAUCCUACGAUGAAGGUAUUAAGAGAGUGCGACAAUCAAAAGGAAAGUACGCUUUGCUGAUAGAAUCGCCCAAGAACGAUUAUACUAAUGAACGGGAGCCAUGCGAUACCAUGAAAGUCGGCAGAAAUUUUGACGCUAAAGGUUUUGGUGUGGCCACGCCUUUAGGAUCCCCUUUAAGAGACGCUGUCAACUUGGCUGUUCUAAGUUUGAAGGAAGACGGUGAGCUGACGAAACUGAAAAACAAAUGGUGGUAUGAUAGAACGGAGUGUUUGAAAGAUAAACAGGAAUCUCCACGCAACGAGCUAUCCCUAAGCAACGUUGCCGGAGUGUUCUAUAUCCUGAUAGGCGGACUUUUCGUGGCCAUGGGUGUGGCAACGUUGGAAUUCUGCUACAAAUCGCAUUUAGAAGCUAAAAGAGCCAAAAUUCCCAUCAGUGACGCUAUCAAAAAUAAGGCUCGGUUGACACUGGGUGUUGGAAGAGACUGUGACAACGGAAGGUACUACACUCCAGCAAAUCAAAUUGGUCCAGCAACUGACAAUGAGGUACCCCACAGCAACACCCACACCCAAGUCUAAAAUCAAAAGAAGAAAACAAAAAAUCAAAUUAAUCAACACUAAUAUAAUCAAAAGUACAGCUCAAUGCAACCGCGGAGAACUAGGAAAUGUCAACAGCUGUGUUCUGAAUAUUUUUGUUAUUUACUUAAUAACACUGUUUCAAGAAGAAAUGGUAUCUAUCUAUGAUAACAUCAUAAUUAAUCAAAAGUUUUUGACUUUUAUAACAUAUCUUUAAAAAGAUACUUGAAUGUUUUAAUAUAAUAAAAAUAUGUUUAGAUGUAUUAUGAAUAAACAUGUCAAGCGCAUAUACAGGGCGAGUAUUAAAUAAAGGCAAAUAUUUUCAGUGCUGAUAGAUCUCGAGAAAAUAAACAUAUUUUGUCUUUACCGUUUUUCAAAUAAGUCCAAAAUAACCGAGUUAUUCAAGUUUGAAA